CUCCCCAUUAACACCAUGGCUAGUCACGGUAAGAGCAGCAAGAGUAGGCGCGAAGCCACGUCGGUCUCAAAGAGAACUGGUCGAAGUCGCCGAGAAAGAGAUGAUUCCGCCUCCGAGUCAUAUACGGAUUCUGAUGAUUCGGACAGCCGCAAUUCCUCUCCUCCUAGAAGCUCAAGCAAGCGCAGGGAAGGUAGUAGCAGAAGCGGUCGCCGAAGCCGGCGGAUAAGUUCCUCGCGUGAUCGGGACUCUGAUGAUUCCAGUGAUAGCGAUGACGGCCGCAAGAAGAAAACUAGGUCCUCGAGGAACGUCACUGAAGAAGAAAUUACUGACUAUUUAGCCAAGAAAGCUCAGCGAAAGGCGAUGAAAGUGGCCAAAAAGUUGAAAGGCGUUUCUGGUUAUUCCAAUGAUUCAAACCCGUUUGGUGAUUCCAAUCUUAACGAGAAAUUUGUGUGGCGAAAAAAGAUUGAGCUCGAUGUUGUCCGAGGAGUACCUCUUGAUGAUUUCUCAUUCAAAGCUGAGAAAAAGCGACAGAGGGAAAGGAUGGCUGAGGUAGAAAAGGUGAAAAAGAGAAGAGAAGAAAGGGCUCUUGAAAAAGCAAGGCAUGAGGAAGAAAUGGCGAUGCUAGCUAGAGAACGUGCUCGGGCAGAAUUUCAGGAUUGGGAGAAGAAAGAAGAGGAGUUCCAUUUUGAUCAAAGCAAAGUCAGGUCAGAGAUUAGAUUGCGUGAAGGCCGUACUAAGCCUAUCGAUGUUCUGUCCAAGCAGCUUAAUGGCUCAGAUGAUUUUGAUAUAGAAAUUAAUGAACCAUACAUGGUUUUCAAGGGCUUGACUGUAAAAGAGAUGGAAGAGCUUCGGGAUGACAUCAAAAUGCAUCUAGAUUUAGACAGGGCAACACCAACACAUAUAGAAUAUUGGGAGGCAUUGAUGGUGGUUUGUGAUUGGGAACUUGCUGAAGCUCGUAAAAAGGAUGCACUGGAUCGAGCUAGGAUACGUGGAGAGGCACCUCCUGCUGAGUUGCUUGCCGAAGAAAGGGGUCUUCACUCUAGCAUUGAAGCAGAUGUCAGGAAUCUCUUGCAAGGGAAGAGUCAUAGUGAAUUGGAGGCCUUACAAGUGCAAAUUGAAUCCCAGAUGCGUUCUGGAACAGCAAAAGUAGUAGAGUACUGGGAGGUUGUUCUUAAACGCCUCCACAUAUACAAGUCAAAGGCUUGCUUGAAGGAGAUUCAUGCUAAAAUGUUGCGUAAAUAUUUGCAAUGUCUUGAGCAUCCUUUGGAGGCUGGAGAGAAAUUAACAACUGAUAAUGUUUUAAGCCCAAUAGCAGAGGAGAGUGAUCAUGAUGUGGAAGAUACUGAAACAUACUCUCCAGAAGCUAUGUUGAUAGAAGAGACCGAGGAGGAAGAAAGAGAGGCUGGAUCAUUUUCACCAGAACUUUUGCAUGGUGAUGAAAGUGAAGAAGCAAUCGACCCAGAAGAGGACAGAGCUAUACUGGAAUUUAAACGUAAGGCUGUGAUAGAAGAACAACAAAGACGGAUUAAAGAAGCAUCAGAAGAUAAUCUUGAACUGAAGGCAAUGAAAGCCAUGGGAGCCAUGGAAGAAGGUGAUGCAAUGUUUGGAUCUGGUGCUGAGGUGAACCUGGACUCACAGGUAUAUUGGUGGCAUGACAAGUACCGACCAAGGAAGCCAAAGUACUUCAACCGUGUUCACACCGGAUAUGAAUGGAAUAAAUACAAUCAGACACAUUAUGACCAUGACAAUCCCCCUCCAAAAGUUGUGCAAGGAUAUAAAUUUAAUAUCUUCUAUCCUGACCUUGUUGAUAAGUCAAAAGCUCCAACUUAUACCAUUGAGAAGGAUGGGAACAGCGCUGAGACUUGUGUUAUAAGGUUUCAUGCUGGACCUCCUUAUGAGGACAUAGCAUUUCGGUUUGUAAACAAAGAAUGGGAAUACUCCCAUAAGAAGGGGUUCAAGUGCACAUUUGAGCGUGGCAUUUUACACGUUUACUUCAAUUUCAAACGUUAUCGCUACCGCCGUUGAGAGAAUGAGAGGUGUGGUUUUAUGUUUCUUGGCCUUCUGUUUGGCUGUAGUUUAUUCUUACAUUGUAGUAGCGGUGGGGAAACAAGCGAACAAUGUGUCCCAGUGGUAGAGUUGCAGUGGUGCAACUUAGAGAUCACAAGUUCAAUUCCUGCAAACAAUCUCGUCACAUAUGAUGGGGGGUAAGGUCUGUAUACGCGGGUGUUGUUUAUCUAUUCUAUGGUGCCGUUCAGAUAUGUAUUGAAAUUUUCCAAGGAUUGACGACUUACUUUUGGUAUAAAUUACAGUUGAAUCAUUUGGGAGGACCAGAGCAACGCUGAUGGAAAACGUUUCAAUUCUGCUCCCGUCCUCCGUGCACCAUGUGUUAGGUUUGGAGUCUGGAUUUACUUUGUGUAUGACUAUCAGCUUGGAUCUGGGACUGCUAAGACUUUUCUCAAUAGUUGUUACAUGUUUAAGUAUUGUGUUGCGAACUCUACAUAAUGUCAAACAAGUCAUCGGUCGUACUGAAUUUUGUGGAUCAGAUGUUACUGUGUCAAGGGUCUGUGAUGAGAAUUCCAUUUCGGAAGAUGAUGGAUUUAGAGUCUAGUUUAUAAGGGAGAAUAAACCUCUCAUUGUCAAUUUGUGUUUUCAAUAGAAAGUUAUACCCAAACUUGUGAUGU